CUACUCUACCUUUGGCCUACAUAAAGAAGACGCCCCUUCAUCCCGCAGAACCACAGCUUCUUGUGCACACCACCUGCUUUCUUUCCUGGUUAUUUGCCUCUCCUUAAUUCACUUUCUUGUACAAAAUACGGUUUGCAAACAACCUGAUCAAGCAAGGAUGACAAACAGAGCUAUAUCUUUCCCAUCAUCUCCUGUUGGCUAUGUAUUUCGUCCGACCGAUGAAGAAUUGGUGAAUCAUUACCUGAGGUUAAAAAUGCAUGGCGGCUAUGAACAAGAAGUCAGCAUAAUCGCCGAAGUUAGUGUGUGCGAUUUUGAGCCUUGGGUACUCCCUGGGCUUUCUACAUAUCAGUCAAACGAUCCAGAGUGUUAUUUCUUUUGUCCUCGCAGUUACAAGUACGUAAAUAGUCACCGGGCUAAUAGGACAACUGAAGCUGGAUACUGGAAAGGGACCGGCAAGAAUCGUAGAAUCAUAGCUAAAUCUACCAAAGAGCAUAUUGCUACCAAGAGGACUCUGGUUUUCUACGAGAAUCGUGUUCCUAACGGGGUCAAGACUGAUUGGGUCAUACACGAGUACCAUCCAACUUUCAGCUUCCACAACCAGAGGGACUUCGUUCUCUGCAAAAUGAAGAAACAUCCAGAUGAGAACAUGUCAACAUUUGAAGAAAGUGAAUCAAGAUCCAAUGUUCCUUAUGGUUUUGGAAAUCAAAAUCCAACUGUGCGUGAUUAUCCCCUGAUCUUUGAAGAAGGUGGACAUUCUGCCCAGAUGGCUUCUAAUUUAGCAAACAAUAGGCUAGAGGAAGAGAUCAAUCAACUCCGAACACAACUGGAAUCAUUCCGUGGCUUUGAUGAUGGAGAUUUCGGCCUGAAUACUGCCCUGCAGUUUUCACCUGAGAAUUAUAUGUAAACCCUAUCCUGCAAUGGGUUUUCGAUCUUCCAUGUCUAUCAAACUUUGCUAUAUAUAUGUAUUAAACCUAGCCUGGAAUAACAGAGUUCAUAUGUACCGGGUGAAGUGUGGUUGAUCAUAUGCCAUAAGAACAACUUGCCUCAAGUUGUUCUUUAUGGUGUUUCUCCAUGUUUGUUUUUUCCCAAGAGCAAUUGAAUGCAUUUCAAGUGUGCUCAGCUUUGUUUUUGUUUA